AUGGCUGUAUGUGUGAAGGAACAAGCUCACUACUCUCCUCCAUGGGCUGGACUUAGUAUCAUAGGCAUAGCUGGAAGUUCUGGAUCGGGAAAAUCUACUUUGUCUCAUGCCAUUAUCUCUCAAAUGAACUUGCCAUGGGUUUGCAUUCUCAGCAUGGAUUCGUUUUAUAAGUCGUUAGACGCGGAAGGGUCACGAAAAGCAUUUUUGAAUGAAUAUGACUUUGAUUCACCGGACGCAAUAGAUUUCGAUAGACUAGUCGAGAUAUUGCGAGACCUGAAAGCAGGAAAGAGAGCUGAGAUCCCGAUCUAUUCAUUUGCAAAGCAUGCUCGAGAGAAGGAGACUACAUCAAUAUAUUCACCACAUGUACUCAUAUUGGAGGGUAUCUUUGCAUUAUACGAUCCUCGAGUUCUUGAAUUGCUAGAUAUGAAGGUAUUCUGUCAAGCAGAUGGAGAUACCUGUUUAUCCCGAAGAAUCCUUAGAGAUGUCGCAGAAAGAGGUAGAGAUAUUGAAGGUGUUAUAAAGCAAUGGUUUGGGUUUGUGAAGCCAAACUUCCAACGAUAUGUAGAGCCUCAGGGAGAAAUUGCCGAUAUUAUUGUGCCACGAGGUGUAGAAAAUCGAGUUGCUAUCAAUAUGGUCGUACAAUACAUCCAACGAACAUUAAAGGAAAAAUCAAUAGCACACGUCGUGGCCUUGAAGAAAUUGGGUUUGGGUGCUGAGGAUGAGCCUCUGUCUAAAUCAGUUCUUCUUUUGGAGCAAACACCUCAAUUCAAAGGGAUGAAUACCAUCAUCCAAGAUAUAGGAACUCCAGCAGAAGAUUUUGUUUUCUACUUUGACCGGAUUGCUACUUUACUCGUUGAACAUGCUAUGAACAAUAUAUUCUUCACAGAAAAGACUGUUGAGACGCCGAUCGGUAACAAGUACCAUGGUUUAAUAGCUACGGGCGAAGUUAGUGCAGUUGUUGUCCUUCGGGCCGGAGGAGCUCUGGAAACUGGCUUAAAGCGGGUCAUCCCGGAUUGCAAGACUGGAAGGCUACUGAUCCAAUCGAACAUCCGAACGGGUGAACCAGAAUUACAUUUCUUAAGUUUACCGGACAAUAUCAACAAACAUGAUAGUGUCUUGUUACUUGAUCCACAAAUGUCAAGUGGGGGAGCUGCACUUAUGUCUGUCCAAAUUCUCGUCGAUCAUGGAGUACCACCCGAGAAGAUUGUAUUUGUGACUUACACUGCAGGGAAAAUGGGAUUAAACCGACUUACAAAGGUCUUCCCUGAGGUUAAAGUUGUGGUGUGCACGAUAAUUCAGGACUACGAGGAGAGGUGGAUCGAAAAGAGGUAUUUUGGAUGUUGA